GAAUUCUGUUUUAUCAAGGUUUGUAACCUACUCCGGAGAGCAUCAGAACAAUGUCCUACGUUUUUGUAAAUGACUCUUCGCAGACAAACGUGCCGCUGCUGCAGGCUUGCAUCGAUGGGGACUUUAACUAUUCCAAAAGACUGUUAGAGAGUGGGUUUGACCCAAAUAUUCGUGACAGUCGGGGCCGAACUGGCCUUCAUCUUGCAGCAGCCAGAGGAAAUGUAGACAUCUGUCAGCUCUUGCACAAAUUUGGUGCUGACCUACUAGCCACUGAUUACCAAGGUAACACAGCCCUUCACCUGUGUGGCCAUGUGGAUACCAUCCAGUUUCUUGUUUCUAAUGGACUUAAAAUUGACAUUUGCAAUCACCAAGGUGCAACACCCCUGGUUCUUGCCAAACGAAGAGGUGUGAACAAAGAUGUCAUUAGGCUGCUGGAGUCUUUGGAGGAGCAGGAGGUGAAAGGAUUUAACAGAGGAGCUCACUCCAAGCUGGAAACCAUGCAAACUGCGGAAAGUGAAAGUGCCAUGGAGAGCCAUUCCCUCCUCAACCCAAACCUGCAGCAAGGCGAGGGAGUUCUGUCCAGCUUCCGCACGACGUGGCAGGAGUUUGUGGAAGACCUGGGCUUCUGGAGGGUGCUGCUCCUCAUCAUCGUCAUCGCUCUCCUGUCCCUCGGGAUCGCGUACUACGUCAGCGGGGUGCUUCCCUUCGUGGAAAACCAGCCCGAGCUGGUGCACUGAGGCAAACGGGAUGUGCACUGUGCUUUGCUCUGCUCUUACCUUAUUUUGAGCUUCUUGGAAUUAUCUUCUUGGUGCAGGCAGUGGCAGCUGUAUAUACUGUUUGCCUUUUGUACUUACUAUACUGUUUGCCCUUUGGAAAGAGGGAUUAAUUCAUUUCAACUAAAACACUAAAUUCUAAAGCAUUCCUGAGCUACCUCUCACUUACCUUGACUUGUAACAAGAUGUGUAGAUACGCGUCUCUAUUGCUAAA